AUGGUUCCAGCCAAGACCCCAUUAUCUUACAUCACUCUGUGCGUUGCCCUCACUGUACACCUGAACGGGCAUGUUCAAGCAGCAGAGGGCUCUCGUGUGAUGGCCGAAAUCAUUGAUCACAAAGAUUCUAGCUACACCAACAUGAUUGAUUCACCAAUAGAACUUGGCACAGAUGAGCAGGUGUAUCAAAAUGAGCAAGAGGGAGCCCACCAAGAUUUAGCGGCACUAGGAGUUUUGGAGAGCGACGAGUACCUCAAAAUAGGCAACGGAAUCGAUUUCAUCAAAGUCGACUUGGAGGACAUGAGUAAAUAUCUAUCACUGAUCUGUCAACACCUCGAAAUGAAAAUCUCAAAUAGUAACAAUUUUGCCAUCCCGGCAAGCCUGGACCAGAAGCUGUCACCUCCAAGAUCUCGUCAACGCAAGAUUCAAAGGAUGAUCCAAAUUUAA